AUGGGUUUGGAAAAUAUAGGGGCAAUGGUCAAAACGAAUGGGUUGAUCACUGUGUACACGGAUUUGGAUUAUCCUUUGUUGGACAGUGUAUUUGAUUUGUACCAAUUUGCGGGAUUGGUUGAGUUGAUAGACGAAAAAAACAAGUCAAUCGAACCCAAGAGUAUAUUACGAUUAGCUACAGAUUUUUCCAGGAUGACGGAAAAGUCGAUAAUUACAAAUAAUCCAUACGAAACAGUCGUCCAAUAUGAGUUUAUAUCAAAUCAGUUCAAACAACUUACCGAUAAAUCAAUAAAACCGAUAAAUCAGUUUUUUCAAAGUAAUAUUCCACCGAAAGAAAGUGACAUAUAUUCUGUCGAUCCGCAGUAUUCUCACAGACUCUCCAUCACUAGUAUUUCCAAGAACGAAAAUAAAACCAUGUCUUUCGCAGAAAUACUCAAUAAAGAAAACAAAAAUAUAAUUAAGGAUUUCCUAAAGUUUCAAGAUAAAGAAUCUAAAAAAUCGAACGAUUCGUCAUACUUUAUAAGCAGUUCAUCAGAGAGCAUAACUUAUUUAAAAACGGACUAUAAAAGAACUGCUUUUAUGAUCGAAUUAAUGUUGAUCGACGGCGACGAAGAAAAUAAAGCCACUUGGGACUAUUUGAUAUCGAUUUUUAGACACUUCACCGAGUUUUCUCAGUAUGAAUACUGCUUAAUGAACUUACACACAAUUGCAACUCCGCCAGAACUUAAAAAGUUUUUUUGUAAAGCCCCUUUGAAACCCAAUCGGUCUUAUCCUAUGGGAUUACUUUACAUACUGCAUCGAUCUUUUCUAACCGGAACCUUCUCGUGUGUAAUGGUUACAAAAGAACAUUUGGAACUCAUGGAACUAAUGAUUGAAUAUCAUCCUCUCAAACAUAUAAUUUCAAAUAAUAUAUCCAAAUCUGUUUUUGAAGAUACGAGAUAUAGAACAUAUAUUUUUCUAUGUAACGACCAACCCAUUGGAUUAAACGAUGAAAUCAAAUUUUUAAGCAGUUACUUUGACGUGGCUCGUUAUGCGCACCCCACACUGGCUCGUAAUCAUAUGGCAGUUUUGCUGAAUAUGGAUUUGCAAAGGACGUUCAUGAAGAAAUCCCGUGGUUUGCUUAAGUUUGUAAUGGAACACAGUGACCUCAAUUGUUUGUUUUAUAAACUUUAUGUGGACCCGACCGUAAUGGAAGAAUGUGAAUUGUCUUACAUUACUGAAAUAAAAGAACUGAUACCUGUUAAACCCCGUGUUCGCAUACAAUAUGAUUGUGAAAACGUGUUUUGUGACCAUGAAAAGUUUGCACUAUUCCACAUAAAUACACGGUUGUGCAGUACUCUAUCAAUGUCAAUAGACGCCAAGAUUGUCGUGGUUGGAGCGUCUGUUGUAGCUUUAUCUUUUUUAGAAAGUCUCCUGUUCAACCCAGUUAAUCAUUACAUUAGAUUCGACAAUAUAGUACUCAUAUCUGACGGUGGUACUCCAUAUCAACUUAGCCUUACUGACCUGGAGAAUCGAAUGAUUCCAAAAACAGCACACUAUGAUUACGAGUACAUGAUUUCUAUGGGUUUUAAAUCAUUUGUGGAUGUCGUCACCGGUACAGUAACAACAAUUAACAGGUCCGUAAAAUUUACUUGA